AUGGACUGUGAAAACCUAUUGCUGCAGCCUGCAGCUGCCCUGAAAGUGCUAUCCCACCUUCCACCCCCAUACUCGGCUUUGAGCUCGCUCUUGAUCGUCCCAGCUCCCAUCAGAGAUGCUGUGUAUGAUCACGUGGCUGAGAGACGCUUCGACUGGUUUGGAAAGGCAAAUGAUUGCUUCGUGUUGAAUGACAAAGAGCUGCUUGAUCGGUUCAUUGACAAGUCACAACUCACAAGGAUGAAAUGA